AUGAAAAGGGAUUGGAAAGAUGUAACCCACUUUUUGCUUCUUUUUAAAUUAGCAACUCUUACCAUUGCUGCUUGUGCGUCUACUUGUGCGAGCAGCUACAAAAAGAAGAGAAAAAAUCUUGAAAAUCAGGUAAACAUGAAGUGCCAUAAAGAGUCAAUGACUGGCAUCAAAAACAGCAAAAAACCGUAA